GAGCCGCCGCGGCCGCACGUCCACGCGCAGGCACAGCGGCGCGGAGUUGAGGCGGUGCAAGAUCUCGACUGCCAAGGCGCGGCAUUUGUAUUCGCAAUUUGUAGUCGCGCUUAGCGCCGCGCCGCGCGUCAUUACUCUCGAUGCGGUCAUGGGCAUUCGCCCAGCGGGCUCCCAAAAGCUGCCCGCGCUGCGCUCUGACGUUGGACGCAGCGGCUGACGGGCAUCCCUCAAACCAUCCUCCAGCCGCCGCUUCAUCUUUGCUUCACGACCACAUCCAUCCAUCAACCUACGUACUAGCGACACCUCAAGCGACGCUCCGCGCUCCAUCCUCAACCAACGCUCUACCCCGUCUGAGCCACCACUCAACACCGCCAAGUCCCUCCCCUACUCUCCUCGACAUGCCGGCGCUCGCCACCGCAUCCGAGAUGCACAUGCUGGAGAAGAGACAGUCAGGCUACUGCCGCGAUGCAUUCGGCAGAAUCUACCGCUGCAACCGCGGCCUCGGAACGGGUGGACGUGCCGGUGUCGGUGUUGCCAUCGCCGUCUUCGUCAUCUUCCUCAUCCUGAUGCUCGCGUGCUGCGCCCGCCGCCGCCGCCGCUCGCAGGGCUACGUCUUCCGGCCGAACACGACGACGACGGGCCCGGCGCCCGGCUUCGCGCCCGGCGGCCAGGGCAACAUGUACGCCGGCGGCGCGCCGCAGCAGGGCCAGUUCUACGGCAACCAGGCCUACCCGCAGCAGGGCUUCGGGCAGGGCAACUACGGCCCGCAGGGCGGCGCGCCGUACCAGGGCACGCCCAACGGCGGCGCCUUCUCGUACCCGCCGCCCAACGACGCCAACUACAAGGCGCCCGAGGGCCCGCCGCCGAGCAGCGGCCAGUACGCCGCGCCCAACGCCCCACCGCCGAGCUACCAGCCGCCGGGCGCCAACAAGGAGGUGUAGGCGAAGCGUGAUGCUGCCUCCGUCUCGCUGCUCUCCUCUUCCUCGACUGUCCGGCUCUCUUGAUUCCCCUUGCUGCUCUGCGCGUGCCUCCGCGCCUCACUGUGCCACACCCCUGUAACACUGCUCGCUCGCUGCACAAUUCCCACUGCUCGUACAUCUGC